AUGGCAGCCACACUGGACCACCAGCCCACGCCCGCAUACCCGACCGCCGUUCGCUCUGCUGGCAUGAAGCUGGACACGCCCGGCUUCCACCACACAAAAACCGCCAGCGCCAGCGUCGACAUCAUGUCGCCCGUCAACCAGAACGGCUGCUUCGAGUUCGACCGCAUCAUCAAGGCCGGCACCGUGUCAUGGAAGCCCAUCUACGCCGUCCUGCGCCCAAACUGCCUCUCAAUCUACAAGGACAAAGAUGAGACAAAACUGCGACACCAAAUCAACCUCUCUGAGAUCACUGCCGUUGCGCGUCAGCGAGACUCGAAAAAGAAAAUGGAGCACGUGUUCGGCAUCUUCUCGCCCGCACGCAACUACCACCUCGGCGCCAUGACUGACAAGGACGCGCAGGAGUGGGUGGACCUCAUACGGACAGAGGCAAGAAUAGGUGCCGAAGAGGCUGAAAUGUCCGUUAUGGGCCCCACAGCCGGAAGGCCCAAGUUUGCCGGCUUCGGCAGGGCGGCUACGAGAGACAACAUAGUCUCGAGCUCUUCAGAGGCCGAGCCCAGACCCUCGAGCUCCAUAACCCCAGAGCAGAUGCAUAGUGCCCGACGGCCCUCGCAGGCUCUCAACUACUCGGGUGGCGAGCGCGGCUCCAUCUCCGACUUUGACUUCUCCGAUAGCAACUUCCAAGCUUCCGUCAACUCACUCCCCAGGGCCUCGCACCAAAAAGGCAACCUUAGCCAGCAGAGCAACAUCGGCUCCACACCCGGCGACGAGCGCGUAGUCUACCACGGCUGGCUCUAUGUCCUCAAGUCCAAAGGGGGCGUGCGCCAGUGGAAGAAGAUCUGGGUCGUAUUGCGGCCCAAGUGUCUUGCCUUUUACAAGACAAACGACGAGUACUCAGCAACGCACAUAAUCCCCUUUACGAGCAUCAUCGACGCCGUCGACAUAGACCCUGUCUCCCGUAGCAAGCAAUACUGCAUGCAAGUGAUAUGCGAGGAGAAGAACUUCAAGUUCUGUGCAUCCGACGAGAACUCGCUAGCAGAGUGGCUCGGCGCAUUCAAAAGCUUGCUGGUCAAGAAGAAAGAGGCCCAGUCCAAGCGCACUCAACAGCCAGCCACCAACGCCGUAAUCGUACACCCGCUGCAGAAGGCUUUGCUGCCCUCACCCAUGUCUGCACAGCAGCCGCUUGCCAUGAAAUGACCCCUGCCCAUCAUGUCUUACGAGGCGCAUCCCGAUACCAAGACAUGUAUAUAUGCUCUCACCGUUGACAACGCCGCCAGCAUCAAAUGUCAGAAUCAGACCAAGGCCUCGGCCAUAUCGCACACACUAAUCGCGAAUACUGCUUUUUCAGCAACCAUCUCCUAACGAUACCAUUUACGACUUUUAACGAUCUUCAAAUCUUGCUUUUCUUACCCGCUGGUCGCUGUUCCUCCGUGACAGCUGUUUUGUUCGAUACCAUUGGAUACUUUGUUUCUCUCUGCAUUUCUUGCUUUCUGCUACACUGACAGCAAGAGAAGAUCUUACCGUAUACGUAUCCUGUCCGCAUAACCUCGAACUUUCCUUUUGUCCGACUCUGUUCCCGCUGUUAUCGUUGUUUGGAAUUGUAGGCGUGUUUCUUUUUGAUAGUAGUGUUAGUUGUAAUCAUUUUUGGAUGUCUGUUGCAUCUUGAGCUGGGAGUGGAGCGCUUGAGUUUAGAUCAGUCGAUCAACCGAUCAACCAAUCAAUCUCUUUGUUAAUAAAA